CCUAGUCCCUCAGCAAGCGGCCGUGAGGUGUCUGUCUCGGGGAUCUUGCGCUCGGAGAUUUUGCGCAGCGAGCCCAGUUGCCAGGAAGAAGCGCCAUGGCGAUGCCUUACAAGCCCGGGAAAGAGGAGGCGGCCGAAACCCUCCAUCGCAUUCGCAUUACCUUGACGUCCAAGAAUGUGAAGAAUCUGGAGAAAGUUUGUAGUGAUCUGGUUCGUGGUGCCAAGGACAAGCAGCUUCGAGUGAAGGGUCCCGUGAGGAUGCCCACCAAAGUUCUUCGUCACACCACCAGGAAGUCUCCCUGUGGCGAAGGAACUAACACCUGGGAUCGUUUCGAGCUGAGGGUCCACAAGCGAGUGAUCGACCUGCACAGCUCUUCGGAGGUUGUGAAGCAAAUCACCUCCAUCACCAUCGAGCCCGGUGUGGAAGUCGAGGUGACUAUUGCCGAGUAGAAGGAUUCUUCUUGUUCGUUUUCCUUCUGCCAGAGCUGUUUGAAGAGAUACUUAAUCUGGUUCUGACUUACGCUU